AUGUCGUCCACCAACGCCCCCGUUCUCAAACCCCCCAUCUGGUCCCUCCAAACCCCCUCAAUCCGCUGGCUCCUCUCCGGCGCCCUCCUCUCCCUCGCCAUGCUCCAACUCCGCCCCUCCCCCCCUCCCCCCGACACCUCCCCCCUCUCCCAGCUCCCCCCCGAGCUCCUCCUCCGCAUAACUACCUACCUCCCCCCCACCUCCGCCGCCUCCUUCGCCCUCUGCACCAAGCGCCUCCACGCCCUCCUCUGCAUCCCCUACCUUCGAUGCAAGAACGGGCACGCCCCCUUCAGCAAAGCCGAGUUCCUCCGCCUCCUCGAGCGGGACCUCCCAGACUACAUCGUCUGCUACUACUGCGAGAAGCUGCAUUCCAUCAAGCGCGCGGGACGGCACGUCAAGUUCACGAAACGGUGUGAUUCCAAAGUCAACGAAGCGAUGCGCACUUACAUCCACCCGCGCUUCAGCUACGUGGUCUUCCAAAUGCUAAUGAAGCGGCACCGACAAGAUCCCUCUCGCGACCUCUCAUCCUUACUAAACCUCCUCUCCUACAACGAGUGGAGCUGGAUCGGCCCGGAUGAGACAAAGACCACAGCCCGCAUCGUCGAUGGCUCCUUACUCCUCCGCCAACAACACACGCUCCUCGUUCACCCGAAUAACGAUAUGUGCUUCACCCACGAUAACAUCAUGAUAUGUCCGCACAUCGCGCAGCUGCGCUGUAAAAUCAACUGCUCCGCCAGCGGCGCAGAGAGGUAUAGUAUGUGCUACACGGGCGACAGGGUUGACAUUGACCGCACGCCCACGUCUGUGGAAUGCGAGUGCUGUUCCCAGCGCGGGAAGACAGAUGAGGGGAGUUGGUCCGGGUUGAUAAGGUGUAGAGACUGCGCGACGGAGUUUCGGAUUGAUACGCUUGGGGUGGGGAAGGCGGGGAAGGCGUUUGUGGUGACGAGGUGGAAGGAUUUGGGGGAGGGGAGGGAUGGGGAGGAUCCGGUUUGGAGGGGGCAUGUGGAGAGGCGGGGGGGAGGGGGGGUGGGGAGGAGGGCGGGGGGGAGGACGAUUUGUAAGAGGUUUGAGGGGGAGGGGUGGAGGGGUGGGUUGGAGUCGUUGGUUAGUUCGAGGGAGAUGAAGAGGUUGGUGAGGUAUAGGUAUGGUUUUUGUGAAGUAUGA